UUCACUAUCGGACGCUGCUCCAAUGCCCUGGAUCACAGCGUCUGUCUCCUCGCAGGACCCGUCCGCACUACCCACAGUUCCCCGCGCUCAGACAAGAUGGAGGAACGCAGCAGCUGCAGGAGAACAAUGUUUGGACUCUGAACAUUAAAAGAAACGAUCGAGGGGGGAAAUACACACAGAGAGAGUCAACGGUGGACAUGCACUGGAUGAGUGAGGUGGCCUUGCAUUAAAGCAGACCCUGUCGCCCUCUGUUCCAGCAUCAGCAUCAGUGUGCAACACUCUGAGCCUUGCCCCUUCAACAUGAGCUUGAUCCAGGACAAAUUUGGCAAUGAGUUCCUCCGCUCCAACGGUGGCAUGGAGCCAGGCUUUGGUCCAGGCAUGCUCAUGUUCAGCCACCUACCCCCUGUUACUAGCUUCACCCGGCUGGCCAGUCAAACAGUUAUGGCUGAUCUGCAGCCCCACGAGAUGAUCUUGAAGAAGGAGAGGGACUCACCAGACUGUGGAGGAGGGCUGAGUGCUGGAGGCAUGGGUGGUGGAGGUGGCAUAGGAGGGAUGAUGGGAAGCAUGGGCGAUUACGUUCAUGCAAUGGGCAUUAAACAGGAGAAGGUCUCUGAACAUGAUUACAGGCUGCCUCUCUACCCGGGAGGUGGAGCCGGAACUGGAAUACGAAGUGGAGGAGAGUUGCUGGAGGUCUCGCUGGGUAACCAUCAGAACCUGGUGGUCCACGACCUCAGUCUGGGAAACCUGUCAGGACGGCUGGUAAAGGAAUCCUCAGGGAGGAAAGGUCGAAGGUCAAACGGCGAGGGACAGGAGCUCAAGACACGGAGGAAACGAGGAGAGUCGAAGUCAAUGAUGCUGGAUCCAGAUGGAGGGAGCUUGUCUCCAAACUCCAAACCGCACAUCUGUGAGCACUGCAAUGCAGCAUUCAGGAGCUCCUAUCAUUUACGCAGACAUGUGCUUAUACACACAGGUGAGAGGCCUUUCCGCUGCACUCAGUGUAACAUGAGCUUCAUUCAGAAAUACCUCUUACAGAGACACGAGAAGAUCCACAGUGGAGAGAAGCCAUUCAGCUGUGACCAGUGCAACAUGCGUUUCAUCCAGAAGUAUCACAUGGAAAGACACAAGAGAACUCAUAGUGGAGAAAAGCCAUAUAAGUGUGACACCUGCCAACAGUAUUUUUCCAGAACGGACCGGUUGCUGAAGCACAAGCGGACGUGUGGAGAUGCCAUAAAAAAGGGUGUGGAUGGGGCAGAGCACGAGUUGGGCUCAGCAGGAGAUGGAGAACAUGGCAGCUACGGAAUCUCUCAGGGAAAUGCCGCUACGCCUAGCCGCAAACGGGGCAAGACAAAAAAUGCUGGUGAAGGGGGUGAGCGAAAACGUAAAAAGUCAUCUGGGUCUAUGGGAGUGACACAUAGUCAGGGGGUGGACAGUUACGGGGUGCAUGACUUUGGCUCAGCAGGGAACCACAUGGUAUCAAUGUCAUCUUCAGCCCAGUCGGGCCCCAGCAUGCAUGGUGAAGGUGAACAUGGCCGUGCUCCCAAGAUGCCCUUUAAGAAAGGGAAUAGGAAGUUCCUGGAGAAAAAUACUCACCCCAUGGAUCAAUCUAAGCCAGGAGGCAUGGAGUUGCCUGCGGGAGGAUGCUUGGAAAGCCUCGGGCUUCUUCAAGGUUCAGGGGUCAAAGUUGCUUCCAGCAGCAGUAACUAUGAUGAUGCCAUGCAGUUUUUGAAGAAGAGACGAUACCUCCAUGUGCCGAACAGUGGCGGUGCCGCUUCUGGAACUUCAGACUAUGACAUAGGUGUAAGUCAUCUGCAUUCGCAACCGACAGUCAUUCAUGGUGUAGUUUCUGGGGUCCUAGAUGGCGACGCUGCACUGGGCCUCCUCGACUCAUCCCCUUUGGGAGAUAUAAAGCAGGACAAGUCUGGUAUCCCAGAUGAGGUUCUCCAGAGCUUGUUGGACCACUAUGCUCACAAGCCUGAAGUGACAUUCGACAUCACCGAUCCCCAUCACAUUGAGCUCCAGCCAGCCGCCACGGAUGCUGCAGACCCGUUGGGAACUGAGGACACCCCGUCAAGUCCCAACAGUGGCGACAAAACCGUAAUCAUGCAUGAGUACUCACGUUUUCUCCUACAGGCACUAGAGAGGACCAGUCACAGCGCAAGCUUCCCAUUGGGUUCCAGUCCUGUUUCUUCCGUGACUACCACAGUACCUUUUUCAGGCCCUAGCCUGCUUUUGUCAGACAAGCAUGUGUAUACUUCCUCACCUCUCGAGUACUCGUACUCUCAACCUGUCUCGUCUUCACCCUCUCUUUCAUCUGUGCCAAAGUCCCACUUUGGUCUCCUUGAGAGCUCGUCACCUCCAACGGGUUUCCACUUGAGCAGCCUGGAGCAGUCUGUGCACACGCAGCAGCUCACACCUUCCCAGGAGCUCACCGAACAGCUGGAUAAGCAGCACACCUCCCCUCCGCCGCCUCCACACACCCCCAACACCAAUGCCUACCAGAUCACACCUCAGCCUCCAGACCUGGGUGGUCCAAAGGAACCGCAAGGGCCAAAAAAUGGAGCCGCAGCCACCACAGGAGGAUUCUCUCUGGCUGCGUCCCAGGACCUGGCCACGCUGGACCCAGCCAAGGCUCCUUAUCAGAUCGAGAACUUUGCCCAGGCUUUUGGGGCGCAGUUUAAAGGGGGCCGAGUGUCCCUGGCCUUCAGCAGUGACUCGGGGGGAGAGGUAACUCACCGCUUACAGACGUCAGUCUCGGAAUUCUCAGGGUAUAGCAGUCUCUUGGCUGAUGCCAGCGACCCAGUCAGCAGUGGCUCCAAAACCCCAACAAGCCAAAGCUACAGGUGAAUGGGCUCCUGUGCCUAGAUGCUCAGAUGGAAGUUCCCUAUUUUUAUUUUGUCAUGCUGUCUUUAUUUUGUAUUAUUGUUGCUGUUGUUAUUAUUGUUAUUAUUAAUAUUGUUAUUAUUAUUGUUAUUUAGUUCUCCUACUUUAAUGAAAUUGUAAUGUUUUUAAGAAAUGUUUUUCUCACUGCCCAUUGUUCACACGAAAUUUCACCCCUCCUUUGGCCUGUAAUGCAUUUUCCAUUAUUACGUUCUUUUCUUUUUUUUCGAUUUCCUUUGGAAUAAAAGGAAAUGCUCCAUAGA